AUUCAACCAAUGAGCAGAGAGAUAAACUGGAUUUUUGGGGGCGGGGUUUAUGAUGUUUACGUAACGCUGCUAGUCAAUUUGGCCCAUAAAACAAAGUCAAAGAAGUAAGAGAUUUUUCUAUUACCCAAUCCUAAGAAUUUUUCAAAUAAAUAAAUAAAUGAAACGAAAUUUACGUUAUUUUGGAUUAGAUACGUUAUUGUUGUCAGCGUGGGGAACAGCUGCACCAAUUAACACGACCACUAGGGGGCAGCUUUUCCUAGACACGAGACACGGGACGCCGCCACCAGUCUCCUCUCUCCGUCUCCUCCCCAUCACCACCCUGCCCUCUUUUGGAUGCUCCUCGCUAUGCACCUGUGUUAUUUUGAUACUACAAGUGACAAAAUACUUAAGCCAAACAUGUCUCAUUAGCGUAAUAAGGGUAAACGGUUCCAGCCGAGGAUUCAUUCAGUGCUUCGGCUGAUCUUCAACCGAUGUCGGUCAGCUGACGGUGUGGUGAAUGGUCGCAGGGCAGCAGUGAGACAGCAUCUUUUUGCCGCCGGUGACACAUCAUUAUCUGUAAGAGCGCACAAGUGACCGUAUUUCUGGGCCCAGUGGAAAACCAUGGCGGACAAGAGCGACCUCAAAGCAGAGCUGGAGCGCAAAAAGCAGCGCCUAGCCCAGAUCAGAGAGGAGAAGAAGAGGAAAGAGGAGGAGAGGAAGAAGAAAGAGGCCGCAGCACAGCUUCGGUCAGAGAACCAGCAGAAGGCGGAGGCGGCGCCGCAGGACUCAGACCUGGACCGAAAGCGCCGGGAGACGGAGGCCCUGCUUCAGAGCAUCGGCAUCUCCCCGGAGCCCCCACUAGUCCCGACCCCCGUGUCCCCCUCCAAAUCAGUGAGCACGCCCAGCGAGGCCGGGAGCCAGGACUCUGCUGAAGGCGGGCCGGCCGGCAGAUAUAGGUCAGGGUUCUCUAGAAACAAGUCACAAGCGCUGAGCGACAGGACACUGCAGUGGGACACAGACCCCUCUGUGCUGCAGCUGCAGUCAGACUCUGAACUUGGGCGUCGGAUGCAGCGGCUGGGGCCAUCAAAGAUCGUCCAGGUGGACUUCCUCCCCAAAGAGUUGGUCUCCUACUGCAAGGAGACCCAGACCCCCCUCACCGCUCACCUCUCCGAAGUAGAGGAGGAAGAGGAGGACGAGGAGUUGGCCGAGGUGAAGCCAGGGCCCGAGACGGAGCAGCUGGAUGAGGACGACGCCAAGGAACCAAACGAUGCCGGGCCCCCCCACCGGGAGCUGACGGAGGAGGAGCGCCAGCAGAUCCUGCACUCGUCGGACUUCCAGAGCUUCUUCGACUGCAGCGUGCGCGUGAUGGAGCGCGCCCUGGCCGAGGACGACGACAUCUUCUUCGACUACAGCGGCCGCGACCUGGACGACAAGGAGGGGGAGCUGGCGGGCGGCUCCAGUCUGUCUCUCAGCAGGCUGUUCUAUGACGAGCACUGGUCCAAACACAGAGUCAUCACCUGCCUCGACUGGUCUCCCCAGUACCCAGAGCUCCUGGUAGCCUCCUAUAACAACAACGAAGACGCCCCCCACGAGCCGGAUGGCGUGGCUCUGGUGUGGAACAUCAAGUUCAAGAAGGCCACGCCGGAAUACAUCUUCCACUGUCAGUCUCCGGUGGUGUCGGUGGGCUUCGCCAGGUUCCACCCCAACCUGCGUGGGGGCACGUACUCGGGACAGAUCAUCCUGUGGGACAACCGGAGCCACCGCCGCACUCCCGUCCAGAGGUCGCCCCUGUCCGCCGCGGCUCACACCCACCCAGUGUACUGCGUGAACGUGGUGGGCACCCAGAAUGCCAACAACCUGAUCACGGUGUCCACAGACGGCCGGAUGUGUUCCUGGAGUCUGGACAUGCUCUCCCAGCCGCAGGUAGCACACACACACCCCUACACCGCCUCACACACCCCUACACCGCCUCACACACCCCUACACCGCCUCACACACCCCUACACCGCCUCACACACCCCUACACCGCCUCACACACCCCUACACCGCCUCACACACCCCUACACCGCCCGCUCCGAGGACACGCCGUCGGCGCACGCGGAGACCUCGCGGUGGUCAAGCUUUCUGAGCUGCGGUUGA